UUUUCGGCCGCGACUGCUUCGGAGCUUGGAAGAACAGAUCUUCCGGCGGCCGCGCUAGGCCGAACCGGGGCGAGGCAAAGGUGGGGCGGCCCGUUCAUCGGAAUUCAGUUCGCAACUGAGUCAACGUGGUUCCGACUCACGCCCUUUGCUGCACACGUCCCCGUGACGUCCCUUGACGAACACGGUUGGCUCGACACUGGAGGCAUCCCCAUGACGAUUGGCCUGUUCGACUGGCUUACUGGAACCAUCCUCCCCUCGUAGGGCCCAUCAAUUUUCACCAUGUCGACCAACAAUGAUGAGGAACCCAAAACCUCAAUAACACCAUUGCUCAAGCGGCUCUGGCACGAGUCUGCCGCCACGGCGCCAGACGCCUCCGAGAUCGCCGCCGCCAUCUCUCUCAUCUUCACCAACAGCCUGUCAGAGGUCCAGAUGGGCGCUCUCCUGACAUGUCUGCAUUUCACGGAGCGCGACCGACGGGCAGAUGUCUUGACCAAAUGUGCGCAGUCAAUGCGUGACUUCUCCACCCCCAUGGAUGUGGACAGUCUUGCCAAGUUGAUUGCAGAAAGAGGUAGAAAAGAGGGCGACUACCACGGCGGCCUGUGCGACAUAGUUGGCACCGGCGGCGACUCCCACAACACCUUCAACAUCUCCACCACCUCGUCCAUCCUUGCCAGCGCCCUCCUCAUGAUCGGCAAGCACGGCAACCGCGCCAGCACCUCUCGCUCGGGCUCCGCCGACCUGCUCUCCUGCGCCCAGCCCAGGGCGCCCCAGAUCUCAGCCGUCACGCCCUCCACCAUCCACGAGGUCUACUCCCAGUCCAACUACGCCUUCCUCUUCGCCCCCAUUUUCCACCCCGGCGCCCGCCACGCGGCCUCCAUCCGGAAACAGCUCGGCUGGAGAACCAUUUUCAACCUGCUCGGUCCCCUAGCUAACCCUCUCCACCCGCUCAUCGAGUCCCGCAUGCUCGGUGUAGCACGCAAGGAAAUUGGCCCUGACUUCGCCGAGUCCUUGCGGCAAUCUGGCUGCGUGAAGGGCAUGGUGAUCUGCGGCGACGAAGAGCUGGACGAGAUCUCCUGCGCAGGGCCCUCGCACUGCUGGCAACUCAAGCAGAACCCCGAGACUAACAAAGUCGACAUCGAGUACUUCACCGUGUCGCCGUCAGACUUCGGGCUGCCGACGCACGCGCUGAGUGAAGUCUCGCCCGGUCAGUCGCCCGAGGCGAACGCUGAGAUCCUGAUGCGCAUAUUGAAGGGCGAGGUGCCUGAGGAUGACCCGAUUCUGCACUUUGUGUACAUCAACACGGCAGCAUUGUUUGUCGUCAGCGGCAUCUGCGAUGCCGAUACGAGCGAUAUGGGCCAUGGAGACGACGGGAAGGUGAUUACAGAGAGGGGCCCUGGUGGUGGGCGCUGGAAGGAGGGCGUGCGGCGGGCGAAGUGGGCGGUCAAGAGCGGCGAGGCGUACCGACAGUGGCAGCACUUUGUGGAGGUGACUAACAAAGUCGCUCCCAGUACUGUAGGCUCUUAAUUCAUCUUCAUCGCAAUCGAACCAAGUUCUAUUCCAUCUCCGUGGCGAUCGAGGCUGUUGCG